GAUGCCACUGCAAUUGUAUCUUCUUCGAUCUCUAUACACUCAGUCCUACAAACCAACCCCCACCCUAUCCCUUCCUUUCCUCUCUUUCCGCCUCUGCACAAUGUCAACUUCUGGCGACAUUGUCAGCCCUUCAACCACCCGCAUCGGCUGGAUCGGCACCGGCAUUAUGGGCUGCUUAAUGUGCCCUCACAUCAUCAAAGCUGGCUACAAACUCACCGUCUUCAAUCGCACCAUCUCAAAAGCCCAACCCCUCCUUGAUUUAGGCGCCAAUUUAGCCUUGUCCCCUCUUGAUGUUGCUGCUCAGUCCGAUGUCGUUUUCUCCGUCGUCGGUUACCCCUCCGACGUCCGCUCUGCCCUCCUCGACCCCAAUUCCGGCGCCCUUGCUGGCCUUCGCCCUGGCGGUGUCCUUAUCGACAUGACCACUUCCGAAGCAUCACUCGCCUCUGAAGUCGCUGCCGCUGCAACUGCCAAGGGUUGUUGGGCAAUCGAUGCUCCGGUGUCAGGCGGCAAUCGUGGAGCCAAGAACGCCACUCUGGCGAUCUUUGCUGGUGGCGAUGAAGGCGUAGUCCGGCGAUUGAGCCCGUUGUUUUCUCUUUUAGGGAAAGUGAAUUACAUGGGGGAAAGUGGGAAAGGGCAGUUUACAAAGCUAGCGAAUCAGAUCAUCAUAGCUUCAUCAUUGGUGGGACUAGUGGAAGGGAUGAUUUAUGCUAAGAAAGCAGGGCUUGAUGUGGGUUUGUUCUUGAAUGCUAUAUCAACAGGAGGAGCUGGAUCAAAAUCUUUGGAUUUAUAUGGAAGUAAGAUUUUGGAAAGGGAUUUUCAACCUGGGGGUUUUGUGGAACAUUUUGUGAAGGAUAUUGGAAUUUGUUUGAAGGACUGUCAGAAUAUGGGGAUUGCUCUUCCUGGAUUGACGUUAGCACACCAGCUUUAUGUUUCGCUUAAGGCUUAUGGGGAUGGGAAUUUAGGUGUUCAUGCACUGAUUUUGUCUCUGGAACGGCUUAAUAAUGUUUCACUUGAUGACGGCGAUAGCGGGGGCAGUGGUUGUUGAUUAUGCCUCCAUUACAAAGACCACUAAUCCUUGAUUCUAAGCUAUUUGGUUAUACCAAUAAAGAAAGAGGUCAUCCAUAUAAGUUUCAACUUUCCAAUUUGUGGUUGUUUACUACAAUUAUAAAUAAGGAACUUAUGAAGUUAUAUGUGAGUUUGGAUUUAGUGAUUUUGGAGAAUUCUGUUUAUGAAGUAUUGUGUGUCCGUAAAUGAUGAAUUAUUAGGAGAAUCAAGACAAGAUAACACCAAAACUCUAUUCAA